AUGGUCAUCGAUGAUGCUUCCGACAAGUCAGCUGCCAACUCUGAUUCAUCCAAAUCAGAGACUGCAUCAGAUUUUUCAAAAACAGACAUCUCAAAUUCUUAUUUCACUCAUCACUCAGAUCAUCCCGGAUUGGUUCUAGUUUCCAAAUCCUUGAAUGGAGACAACUACUCCGGUUGGAAAAGGGCUAUGACCCUAGCUUUAAACUCCAAGAACAAACUCGGUUUUAUCGACGGCUCAAUCGAGGCUCCUUCGAAAGCAGCUAAUCCCGAAGGUUAUGCGACUCGGUCGCGGUGUAAUGACAUGGUACACUCCUGGAUAGUCAAUACUCUCAAUCCAGAAAUUGCAGACAGUGUUAUCUAUUAUCCUACUGCUCAUGAGGUUUGGGAGGACCUUUAUGAGCGAUUCUCUCAAAGCAAUGCACCUUGCAUCUUUGAGAUUCAGCGAGAUAUUGCUUGUCUUUGA